AAGAAUACAGAAGAUCCAUCAAAAGGAAGCAGGAGAGAGAAGAGAGGGAGAGGUGAGGAUGUCUUCUCUCUCCAAUCAGCAGCAGCAGAGUGAUGGUGGACAGCGCUGUGAGUACACUGAGCUGGGCAAGGUGCCCUCUGUCUCUAUGGCGUCUCCUCAGCAGGACCAGAUGGGACCACAGGGUUUCGGGGGCAGCCCAGGGGCACCCAGGCUAACCGACGAGGACAAGCUGUCAAGCCUGUUUGAUGGACCUUCAUCUGGAUCAGGGUUCAAGGUGGAGUCGUCUGACCUCAAGGUGCCAGGGAGGAUGGGUGUUAGACUCGGGGCAUCUUUGGGUCUGGGCAGUGCUUGGGAGAGCCCCACAAGUCCCCUCUCCUCCUCGCCCUCUCCAGCCUCCCCCGGGAAACUCUUCUCCACCCCGGGACAAGAACACAGGGCCAAUGGAGCAGCAGCCCCGCGAGGGUCCGCUGCUGUGCAGCAUGACGCCUCACCGUUCCCCAACACACAGAAGGUGGACAACUGCGUAUGGAAUCCCUCCUUCUCUGGGUCACACCAAACAGACCUGAAGCCUGCUGUUCAGACUGCUGCGCCUGCACCUGCAGACAACUACUGUGUUGUUGGUGUUGUCGACGACAACUACUCUAAGGGUGGAAACUGCACUGUGUCAGGAUUCUCUGAAGACAGUGACGAGGACAUGGGGCCUACUUUACCUCGAGGAGGAGGUACCGAGCAGCAACACAAAGCCGUGAGACGCGCCAUGUCUGACUGUUCCCACCUGUCUGUGCCAGGUAGCUUUGACUUAUCCCAGUACCCAGGGCAGCCUGGCGGACUGGUGGACAUGCCCUCACCUGGAAGUAACGUUAUGGGGUCCAAGUCUCCACACUCGGCUGUGCAACGCUCUCUGACAGUGGGGGAGGAGAGAAAGACUGUGUCGCCCACACUAUCUCCUCUGUCCCCACUGAGCCCUGUCAGGGCCCCCAACUCCCCUCCACCCAGGAGGGGUACUGGUAAUGGGAUGUCACAGAGCCAGAGUGAGAGUGUCCUACUGCCGGUUCCCUUCAGUGGAAAAACCUUCCACAGCAUCAAUACCAAAAGCUCCAUUGAGGGUAGGUGACUGAAAUGAUUUGAGGCCUAUUCCUCUCCUUACCGCGUUAGACCUGGUUCCCCUAUCUCUCAUUGCCUUUGUAUAUACUGGUCUACACUGAUUUAAGUACAUAGAUUUGGGAGUUCAGGUUUAUUUGUGAUGCCUGACCAUAUAGGUCAGUGGGCAGUGGUAUUUGUCUGGGAUGUAAUAGCUGUUUGUUUUAUCGAUGGACUGCUGAAAGAGAAAAUGGAAGGAGCCAACAUACGAAUGGAUGUAUAAAAAAUUAAAACAGCUAGAAAUUGUGGUAUUUGGUAUAUUUAUACUUGGAUGAUUUGCUUCUAAAAAAAAUUAAGAGAGCAGAAGGGUUUAAAAUUCAUCACCAUUUUGUUUUGACUAAAUGUCAAAGGCACCAGAAUACCAUCAUUGAGGAGGUCUGGGGUGUUAUACAGAAUAAUUAGUAUGCAAGUCAAGUUCCUCUGAAUAUGAAUGUCUAUUGAAAUGCUGAGGUUAAUUUACCCUCUCAAACUCCCAUCUCUUCAUAUGACUGUGUUGUUCGGUGAUACAUCACAUGAAGUGGCACUCCAACGAGUGGCUAGCACUAAGGGAAGGGUGUGUGAUGGAUUUGAAAUUGAGUCUGGUUAUUCAUUUAAACAGAAAGUAGUCAUUUCUGGUGGCACCAUGUGGGGACUGGGGACUCCUGGGAAUGCUUUCAGAUUGCAUGACUACUCUUAUGUUAUUCAUAUAUACACAUAGAUUCAAUAACAGCAGGCAGUCUGGAGCUUGAGGCCAUUUUGCUUGCAUUAUACACUGAGUGUACAAAACAUUAGGAACAUCUGCUCUUUCCAUGACAUAGACUGGCUGUCCAGGUGAAUCCAGGUGAAAGCUAUGAUUCCUUAUUGAUAUCACUUGUUAAAUCCACUUCAAUCAGUGUAGAGGAAGGGGAGGAGACAGGUUAAAUAAGGAUUUUUAAGCUUUGAGAUAAUUGAGACAUGGAUUGUAUGUGUGUAUUGUAUGUGUGUACAGUCGUGGUCAAAAGUUUUGAGAAUGACACAAGUAUUGGUCUUCACAAAGUUCGCUGCUUCAGUGUUAUGAGAUAUUUCUGUCAGAUGUUACUAUGGUAUACUGAAGUAUAAUUACAAGCAUUCCAUAAGUGUCAAAGGCUUUUAUUGACAAUUACAUUAAGUUUAUGCAAAGAGUCAAUAUUUGCAGUGUUGACCCUUCUUUUUCAAGACCUCUGCAAUCCUCCCUGGCAUGCUGUCAAUUAACUUCUGGGCCACAUCCUGACUGAUGGCAGCCCAUUCUUGCAUAAUCAAUGCUUGGAGUUUGUCAGAAUUUGUGGGUUUUUGUUUGUCCACCCGCCUCUUGAGGAUCGACCACAAGUUCUCAAUGGGAUUAAGGUUUGGGGGGUUUCCUGGCCAUGGACCCAAAAUGUCUAUGUUUUGUUCUCCGAGCCACUUAGUUAUCACUUUUGCCUUAUGGCAAGGUGCUCCAUCAUUCUGGAAAAGGCAUUGGUCGUCACCAAACUGUUCUUGGAUGGUUGGGAGAAGUUGCUCUCAGAGGAUGUGUUGGUACCAUUCUUUAUUCAUGGCUGUGUUCUUAGGCAAAAUUGUGAGUGAGCCCACUCCCCUGGCUGAGAAGCAACCCCACACAUGAAUGGUCUCAGGAUGCUUUACUGUUGGCAUGAUACAGGAAUGAUGGUAGCGCUCACCUUUUCUUUUCUUGACAAGGUGUUUUCCGGAUGCCCCAAACAAUCGGAAAGGGGAUUCAUCAGAGAAAAUUACUUUACCCCAGUCCUCAGCAGUCCAAUCCCUGUACCUUUUGCAGAAUAUCCGUCUGUCCCUGAUGUUUUUCCUGGAGAGAAGUGGCUUCUUUGCUGCCCUUCUUGACACCAGGCCAUCCUCCAAAAGUCUUCGCCUCACUGUGCGUGCAGAUGCACUCACACCUGCCUGCUGCCAUUCGUGAGCAAGCUCUGCACUGGUGUUGCCCCGAUCCUGCAGCUGAAUCAACUUUAGGAGACGGUCCUGGCGCUUGCUGGACUUUCUUGGGCACCCUGAAGCCUUCUUCACAACAAUUGAACCUCUCUCCUUGAAGUUCUUGAUGAUCCGAUAAAUGGUUGAUUUAGGUGCAAUCUUACUAGCAGCAAUAUCCUUGCCUGUGAAGGCCUUUUUGUGCAAAGCAAUGAUGACGGCACGUGUUUCCUUGCAGGUAACCAUGGUUAACAGAGGAAGAACAAUGAUUUCAAGAACCACCCUCAUUUUAAAGCUUCCAGUCUGUUAUUCUAACUGAAUCAGCAUGACAGAGUGAUCUCCAGCCUUGUCCUCGUCAACACUCUCACCUGUGUUAACGAGAGAAUCACUGACAUGAUGGCAGCUGGUCCUUUUGUGGCAGGGCUGAAAUGCAGUGGAAAUGUUUUUUGGGGAUUAAGUUCAUUUUCAUGGCAAAGAGGAACUUUGCAAUUAAUUGCAAUUCAUCUGAUCACUCUUCAUGACAUUCUGGAGUAUAUGCAAAUUGCCAUCAUCAAAACUGAGGCAGCAAACUUUGUGAAAAUUUGUAUUUGUGUCAUUCUCAAUACUGUAUGUGUGCCAUUCAGAGGGUGAAUGGGCAAGACAAGUGCCUUUGUACGGGGUAGGGUAGUAGGUGCCAGGCGCACCGGUUUGAGUGUGUCAAGAACUGCAACGCUGCUAGGUUUUUCACGCUCAACAGUUUUCAGUGUGUAUCAAGAAUGGUCUACUACCCAAAGGACAUCCAGCCAACUUGACACAACUGUGGGAAGCAUUGGAGUCAACAUGGGCCAGCAUUCAUGUGGAACCCUUUCGACACCUUGUAGAGUCCAUGCCCUGACAAAUUGAGGCUGUUCUGAGGGCAAAAGGGUGUGCAACUCAAUAUUAGGAAGGUGUUCUUAAUGUUUUGUACACACAGUAUUAGAGCUCUCUUUCACCUACAGCUAGCCUAUCGCUAAAUAUCUCACAAAGACACCAUCAUGAAAAGGAUACAUCUGCAUCCUUCAAUUAGCAACAGUAGGGAUCAAGCAGAAAUAGCUGGCAGCAUCUUCCUGCUGUAACAAGGGUCAUUUCUACCUCAUGGAUGAAAAUAAUCCCUCUGCUUACGUGCCUGUGUGUUUCUAUAUAAUGCAAGGUCAUUUCAAAUACAUACUGUACAAUAAGCACACAUUUACUGAUUCUAGUGAAUUAGCUAUAUGCAUCAUCACUUCAUAUACAGUAGUGUGUGUGCGUGUGUUUGUGUGUGUAUGGGUGGGUGGGUGCAUGCAUGUGUAUGCGUGUAUAUGUACAGUUGACGUCAGAGGUUUACAUACACUUAGGUUGGAGUCAUUAAAACUUGUUUUUCAACCACUCCACAAAUGUCUUGUUAACAAACUAUAGUUUUGGCAAGUCGGUUAGGACAUCUACUUUGUGCAUGACACAAGUAAUAUUUCCAACAAUUGUUUACAGACAGAUUAUUUCACUGAUAAUUCACUGUAUCACAAUUCCAGUGGGUCAGAAGUUUACAUACACUAAGUUGACUGUGCCUUUAAACAGCUUGGAAAGUUCCAGAAAAUGAUGUAAUGGCUUUAGAAGCUUCUGAUAUGCUAAUUGACAUAAUUUGAGUCAGUUGGAGGUGUACCUGUGGAUGUAUUUCAAGGCCUAGGUGGCAUCAUGAGGAAGGAAAAUGAUGUGGCAACAUCUCAAGACAUCAGUCAGGAAGUUAAAGCUUGGUCGCAAAUGGGUCUUCCAAAUGGACAAUGACCCCAAGCAUACUUCCAAAGUUGUGGCAAAAUGGCUUAAGGACAACAAAGUAAAGGUAUUGGAGUGGCCAUCUCAAAGCCCUGACCUCAAUCCUAUAGAAAAUUAGUGGGCAGAACUGAAAAAGCGUGUGCGAGCAAGGAGGCCUACAAACCUGACUCAGUUACUCCAGCUCUGUCAGGAGGAAUGUGCCAGAAUUCACCCAACUUUAUUGUGGGAAGCUUGUGGAAGGCUACCUGAAACGUUUGAACCAGUUUAAACAAUUUAAAGGUAAUGCUACCAAAAACUAAUUGAGUGUAUGUAAACUGAUGAAAGAAAUAAAAGCUAAAAUAAUUCAUUCUCUCUGCUAUUAUUCUGACAUUUCACAUUCUUAAAAGAAAGGGAUGAUCCUAACUGACCUAAAACAGGGAAUUUUUACCAGGAUUAAAUGUCAGGAAUUGUGACAAACUGAGUUUAAAUGUAUUUUGCUAAGGUGUAUGUAAACUUCCGACUUCAACUGUAUGUGUGUGUCUGGUGUGUGAUGCUGGUCGCCUGCGUGUUAGUCAUGUUCUAUGUGACAAUGUGUUUACACCACUGGCCAGGCAUACAGAACAGCUCUAUACUAGAGUCUAUAGUGUAUGUUUACACCACUGGCCAGGCAUACAGAACAGCUCUAUACUAGAGUCUAUAGUGUAUGUUUACACCACUGGCCAGGCAUACAGAACAGCUCUAUACUAGAGUCUAUAGUGUAUGUUUACACCACUGGCCAGGCAUACAGAACAGCUCUAUACUAGAGUCUAUAGUGUAUGUUUACACCACUGGCCAGGCAUACAGAACAGCUCUAUACUAGAGUCUAUAGUGUAUGUUUACACCACUGGCCAGGCAUACAGAACAGCUCUAUACUAGAAUCUAUAGUGUAUGUUUACACCACUGGCCAGGCAUACAGAACUGCUCUAUAUUAGAGUCUAUAGUGUAUGUUUACACCACUGGCAAGGCAUACAGAACAGCUCUAUACUAGAGUCUAUAGUGUAUGUUUACACCACUGGCCAGGCAUACAGAACUGCUCUAUAUUAGAGUCUAUAGUGUAUGUUUACACCACUGGCAAGGUAUACAGAACAGCUCUAUACUAGAGUCUAUAGUGUAUGUUUACACUACUGGCCAGGCAUACAGAACAGCUCUAUACUAGAGUCUAUAGCAGAGGUCGGCAACAGGCGGUGAUUUAUUUUGCCCCCACGAAGUUUGUAUUAAGAAAUACAGUGGUGAUAAAAAGUAUUUAGUCAGCCACCAAUUGUGCAAGUUCUCCCACUUAAAAAGAUGAGAGAGGCCUGUAAUUUUCAUCAUAGGUACACGUCAACUAUGACAGACAAAUUGAGGGGAAAAAAUCCAGAAAAUCACAUUGUAGGAUUUUUUAUGAAUUUAUUUGCAAAUUAUGGUGGAAAAUAAGUAUUUGGUCACCUACAAACAAGCAAGAUUUCUGGCUCUCACAGACCUGUAACUUCUUCUUUAAGAGGCUCCUCUGUCCUCCACUCGUUACCUGUAUUAAUGGCACCUGUUUGAACUUGUUAUCAGAACUAGUUUUUUAUAAAAGACACCUGUCCACAACCUCAAACAGUCACACUCCAAACUCCACUAUGGCCAAGACCAAAGAGCUGUCAAAGGACACCAGAAACAAAAGUGUAGACCUGCACCAGGCUGGGAAGACUGAAUCUGCAAUAGAUAAACAGCUUGGUUUGAAGAAAUCAACUGUGGGAGCAAUUAUUAGGAAAUGGAAGACAUACAAGACCAUGAUAAUCUCCCUCGAUCUGGGGCUCCACGCAAGAUCUCACCCUGUGGGGUCAAAAUGAUCACAAGAACGGUGAGCAAAAAUCCCAGAACCACACGGGGGGACCUAGUGAAUGACCUGCAGAGAGCUGGGACCAAAGUAACAAAGCCUACCAUCAGUAACACACUACGCCGCCAGGGACUCAAAUCCUGCAGUGCCAGAUGUGUCCCCCUGCUUAAGCCAGUACAUGUCCAGGCCCGUCUGAAGUUUGCUAGAGUGCAUUUGGAUGAUCCAGAAGAGGAUUGGGAGAAUGUCAUAUGGUCAGAUGAAACCAAAAUAUAACUUUUUGGUAAAAACUCAACUCGUCGUGUUUGGAGGACAAAGAAUGCUGAGUUGCAUCCAAAGAACACCAUACCUACUGUGAAGCAUGGGGGUGGAAACAUCAUGCUUUGGGGCUGUUUUUCUGCAAAGGGACCAGGACGACUGAUCCGUGUAAAGGAAAGAAUGAAUGGGGCCAUGUAUCGUGAGAUUUUGAGUGAAAACCUCCUUCCAUCAGCAAGGGCAUUGAAGAUGAAACGUGGCUGGGUCUUUCAGCAUGAUAAUGAUCCCAAACACACCGCCCGGGCAACGAAGGAGUGGCUUCGUAAGAAGCAUUUCAAGGUCCUGGAGUGGCCUAGCCAGUCUCCAGAUCUCAACCCCAUAGAAAAUCUUUGGAGGGAGUUGAAAGUCUGUGUUGCCCAGCGACAGCCCCAAAACAUCACUGCUCUAGAGGAGAUCUGCAUGGAGGAAUGGCCAAAAAUACCAGCAACAGUGUGUGAAAACCUUGUGAAGACUUACAGAAAACGUUUGACCUGUGUCAUUGCCAACAAAGGGUAUAUAACAAAGUAUUGAGAAACUUUUGUUAUUGACCAAAUACUUAUUUUCCACCAUAAUUUGCAAAUAAAUUCAUUAAAGAUCCUACAAUGUGAUUUUCUGGAUUUUUUUUAUCAUUUUGUCUGUCAUAGUUGACGUGUACCUAUGAUGAAAAUUACAGGCCUCUCUCAUCUUUUUAAGUGGGAGAACUUGCACAAUUGGUGGCUGACUAAAUACUUUUUUCCCCCACUGUAUAUACACUGGAUAUACAAAAGUAUGUGGACAUCCACAUAACAUUUGUGGAUUCGGCUAUUUCAGCCACACCCGUUGCUGACAGGUGUAUAAAAUCGAGCACACAGCCAUGCAAUCUCCAUAGACAAACAUUGUCAGUAGAAUGGCCUUACUGAAGAGCUCAGUGACUUUCAACGUGGCACCGUCAUAGGAUGCCACUUUUCCAAUAAGUCAGUUCGUCAAAUUUCUGCCCUGCUAGAGAGGCCCCGGUCAACUGUAAGUGCUGUUAUUGUGAAGUGGAAACGUCUAGGAGCAACAACGGCUCAGCCGCAAAGUGCUAGGCAAAAAAAAAAGUUAAAUCACCAGGAAUUCUGCUAAAAAUUCAGGAAAUCUGUUCCAAAAGUAUUCCCACAAAUAAAAAAAGAGACGUAUGUAACCAAGGUAUGAAAUUACUGUUAUUUUUAAAUACAAUCUCUUUUUGGGCUUAGUUGUAGUCAAUUUGCAGUGUACAAAUUAUUAUAAUUAUGUUCCGGCCCCCUGACCAUCUGCUCUGAUGAAAAUUGGCCCGUGGCUGAAUCUAGUUGCCUACCCCUAGUCGAUAGUGUAUAACAGUUACUGGAACCAGGGCUCCUAAAGCCAGCCAUUGGUACAACAAGGCCAGUCCUGUAUACUGUACUCAAUCAUUUGAUAGAUUUGUCGACUGGCUAAUGGUUUUGUACCAUUGUGACAAAUCCAUGAUCUUGUCUGACACAUUGAACUGGUAUCUAUCUACCAUAAAUGUACAAUCCAUUUGCCCUCACUCUCUUUUUAAAUAUUGAUGCUCUAGUCCACUAAUUGGUCUGAAUUUUCUUUGAAAAGCGGAUUCAGUCAUUACGUCAGUGGGUCUUCUUUUGACCCAGCUUAAUCUGUCCCACAUUUCCUAACCAAAUGGUACCAUGGGAUACAGCCCGAGAGAGGAAAACCAAUGUGCCUUGGUCAAAAGUAGUGCAUUACAUAAGGAAUAGGGUGCCAUUACAGAUGUACCCUCUCUCUCUCUGUAGAGGUUACUGGGGCUGGGUUACAUAAGGAGCCGAUGCCAACAAUGUGCUGUUCUGUCUUCCCUGCUCGGCCCUGGGUUCGGCCCUGACUUUCUGUGGCCCUGCCCAGACUCCACACCACCAUGCCAUGACUGGUCACUGUAGUCAACUCACUCUUAUUUCCUCACCAACGAGAUGCUCUGGGGUGUAGUACAAAAUAUGAUCACUGAUAGAUUAUAAUCAUAUGAGUAUAAUAUGACAGCAGUAUUCGGACGGUUGUAUUUUGUGACGAUCAAUCAGAGGAUUUUAGAGGAUUGACAUUUAGUUGCCUAUUUGAACAGCCGUAACAUGUACAAAGUCCUGUUGUCCAUAUACAGUGGUGGCAUUCUUAGGUGGUAUUCUUAGGAUGCAUUGUUGUAGCUCGAUUUUCUAGCUAAAGCCAGUCUGAAUCUGUGGUUCGGUUAAUAACACGCUAUAAGAUAUGCUAGCUCUCAUGGCUGAAAGCGACUCUGGCACUAUGAAAGGUUUCUCCACCUGUAUUUUAUCCUUAGAGUAAUUCUGGUAUUUUUUCAUGACAUACAGUAUUGCGUGUUUGCUAAAUGUAUGUCUUUUUUUGUCUCUCUACAGUUAAAGCAGAAAAUAAGGACAAACAAGAGAAGGCAGAUUUCUUCCCGAAGACGGAUAACUUGAACAUGUUUGAGAAGACAGAGAAAGAAGAUCAAUCUAAGAAAGUCGACAAUGCUGAUAAGACCUCCAAAUCUGAGAAGAUCCUCAAAGAUGAAGAAAAGUUCCAUAUGACGGAGAAAAGUGAUACAAAUGAAAAAGUGGACAAGCCAGAGAAGACAAACAAAGAUGAGAAGAUGGAGAAGAAAGAAAAUGGGGAGAAAACUGACAAGAUGGUCAAAGCUGAAAAUAACGAAAAGGCUGGGAAAGCUACUGCAAAGUCCCCAACAACCAACGGAAGCAAGCAGGACCUCACCAGCCCAGACAGUAAGGCCAAGGUAGGUCAAGGAAAGGCCGGGGCAAUGUUGCCAUUCAUUUCAUUUCAGCAAGCUGCUUCUCCAACUGUCACUGCCAUCUCUAGUGUGUGCGUGUGUGUAUGUGCGUGGGUGUCUCUGUGUGUUUGUAUGCACACGCUUAUGUGCAAUUUGAGGUUAUCGUCGGUGCCAAUUUGCUCUGCUGAUGCUCCUUGUUUGAUUAUGAUUUGUUAUUAGUGAAUGCUGCCUCUGCUGCUUUACCAUCCUGCCUGUCCUCUGUUGUAUGCUUUUGGUUUUCUUCUUUUCUCCUUUAUCGUGUGACGUUGUUGUACAGCCUGCUGUUGGGUCAACCAAACCAAACUCUGCCAAAACACGGCCCACCUCUUUGUCCACUGGGGACGCAGCUGGCCCCCCAAAACGUUCCUCCCCCACCUCAAGCUCUGCCAAUAAAAAAAAAACUGUUACCAAGGCAACCACUCCCACUGCUUGCACCAAGCAGCCAACGGCCGCUGCCAGUCAAACCCCUACAGCCACCAAGUCCAAGGUGAGUUCCCUCCCACUUCCCUCUGGUGUCUUCUCACUGGCCUCCCCUUUUGUGGUUGGCACCUUGUCCCCCUUCCGUUUGUUUGGCUCUGCCAUAUAACUGUACAGUGCCCACCUACUGACUCUCACUCACAGUUUGUGGACCACCAACUCCCUGCACUAUGACCUCUGUUCAGUCUCUUCACCAUUUAGGAUAGUCCUACAAACGGAAUCUUGUCUAUCACUUCCCUGAAAACCCCAGCAUACUGUACAUUUCCAAUAUCUCCUUUCUGUUUCCAAUCUUUACUCUUCUCAUUUCUUAAUCACUUUCCUUUUUGUCAAGAGCUCUCUUCCACACCACACCCUUCUCUGAUUUUCUGUUUGCUUACUCAGACUCCGGAAAAUGGUCCUCCUGUGCCAAAGGCCAAUGGCACGGCCAAUAAGAACGGUUCCUCUACAACUGCCACUACUAAACCUGCUGGUCCACACCCCUCUGCUAGUGCCCCCUCUAUGCGCCGCAACACAGGUGAGCACUAACUCUUAACUGUACCGUGCAAGCGUACAUUCUUUAAGGUACUUUAUUCUUGAUGAUGGUGGUAUUCAAAAAGCCAAAGUCAGAAUUCAUUGGUCAUCCCCAAAUGAAUACACUGUUCACAAGUCUGAAUCAUGUAAGGUGAGCUUGGUUAUGUCCUCUACCCUACAGUUCCCAAGACUGAUAUCAAGCCAGGUGAUGUGAAGAAGCCUAGUACGCUGAAGACAACACCAAGUAACAACAACCAACCUACACAAUCUAACCCAAGUAUCUCAGUACACAACUAAAAUACCUUGGAGUUUAAUGUAUUCUUUGAAAUUGUAAGGACAGACAUCCUGUUUUAAUCUCUCCUGACAGUGUCAUUAUGACUACACAGAGAGAGACAAACGCAGUGGGUAUGUGAGGCUAAGAGACAGACAGGGAUGCAGAGGGAAACUGAAACUUAUCAUUUUUUUCAGUAAUUGGUCUUUUGACAAAUCACAUCACAUCUUUUUCAGAGCUGACCUGAUUGGCCAAAAGAGCAAUUAGUGUAAAAAAGAUCAGAAUUGGGCUGCCUGUGUCUCAACAGUAAUUCCAGUUCCUGAAAACACUGACUGAAGCCUCAGGCCUGUCAUGUCCUCCUCAGAUCUUCAUUAGUCAUCGAAUCAGAGACUGCUGACACAGCCUUGUAAAAACCCACUACCAGAGACCACAGUAUCUACUGUAUGUAGGUAGUAGUAGUGUGGUUCCUCAUACUCUUCCCUGUCGACUUGUUAGCUUCCAGCCCAUUGUUUCCUAGUAAAUCAUUGUUGGUGUUGUGUGCGAUCAGCUCAGCUCCAGCCAUUAGAGGGUUACUGUUCUAUGGUUCCUCAUGUCCUUUCUCUCUCUCUGCCCCAGCCAAGCCCAGGGUACCUCGCACCUCCGCCACUGCUCCGAGCACUCCUGCCACCAAUGGGGAGCAGCCUCGCCGACGCAUCACCAAACCCCCAGUGCCCAAGCAGACCGCUAUGGAGAGGAAGCCACCUGUACCCAGAGCACCUAGGACUCCCAGGCCCAUCAACGCACCCCUGCCGGACCUGAAGAAUGUGCGCUCCAAGAUCGGCUCCACAGACAACAUGAAGUACCAGCCUACCGGCGGCAAGGUGUGGUAACUAGGGAUAGAGAUGUACUGUACGUGGAAGCUUGUGGAGAUGGGUCUAUUUUAGAGGACCGACAUGAGACAGACAUUUUUGUAUUACCGUUUUUUUUUAUUGCUAACAAGCAUUGUGCAAAACUCUAAAUACAGUUAUCAAAACAACAUGCAACUUGGCAAUGCACAUCCUACUUGUCUCAAAAGCAAAUAUUUCUACCAAAUGAAAGCUAACAGUCUCUCACGACACACACACUUUGUCAUUCAUAGUAUCAUGACCUACAAAACUCUAAAAACUGCUCCCACUUGAAAAUGUGUCAAUUUGUCUUUAAUAUUAUGUUUUUUAAGAUGAACCAACAGUCAAUUUUACAAAAGAAGAGUGGCAAACCUGUACUGUAUAGAAUGUCCUGCAAGAUAUGUAAAGAAAUAAAGCAGAAAGGCUGCAAUAUGCUUCAAUACAAUUUACUGCAGAGUAUUCCAAAAUACACAAAAAUAAAUAAUUCCAGUACUGUUAAACAAACAAAAAGUGUAUACACACUAUGAAUAUGCAUAGCAUAUUGUCCAAAUGAAACAGAUAUAUACAGUGAGGGAAAAAAGUAUUUGAUCCCCUGCUGAUUUUGUACGUUUGCCCACUGACAAAGAAAUGAUCAGUCUAUAAUUUUAAUGGUAGGUUUAUUUGAACAGUGAGAGACAGAAUAACAACAAAAAAACACGCAUGUCAAAAAUGUUAUAAAUUGAUUUGCAUUUUAAUUAGGGAAAUAAGUAUUUGACCCCUCUGCAAAACAUGACUUAGUACUUGGUGGCAAAACCCUUGUUGGCAAUCACAGAGGUUAGACGUUUCUUGUAGUUGGCCACCAGGUUUGCACACAUCUCAGAAGGGAUUUUGUCCCACUCCUCUUUGCAGAUCUUCUCCAAGUCAUUAAGGUUUCGAGGCUGACGUUUGGAUACUCGAACCUUCAGCUCCCUCCACAGAUUUUCUAUGGGAUUAAGGUCUGGAGACUGGCUAGGCCACUCCAGGACCUUAAUGUGCCUCUUCUUGAGCCACUCCUUUGUUGCCUUGACCGUGUGUUUUGGUUCAUUGUUUCCUUGACAAGAUCCUCCCGUGUAGUUCUGGGCUGAUUCCUCACCAUUCUCAUGAUCAUUGCAACUCCACGAGGUGAGAUUUUGCAUGGAGCCCCAGGCCGAGGGAGAUUGACAGUUCAUUUGUGUUUCUUCCAUUUGCGAAUAAUAGCACCAACUGUUGUUACCUUCUCACCAAGCUGCAUGGCGAUGGUCUUGUAGUCCAUUCCAGCCUUGUGUAGGUCUACAAUCUUGUCCCUUACAUCCUUGGAGAGCUCUUUGGUCUUGGCCAUGGUGGAGAGUUUGGAAUCUGAUUGAUUGAUUGCUUCUGUGGACAGGUCUCUUUUAUACAGGUAACAAGCUGAGAUUAGGAGCACUCCCUUUAAGAGUGUGCUCCUAAUCUCAGCUCGUUACCUGUAUAAAAGACACCUGGGAGCCAGAAAUCUUUCUGAUUGAGAGGGGGUCAAAUACUUAUUUCCCUCAUUAAAAUGCAAAUCAAUUUAUAACAUUUUUGAAAAUGCAUUUUUCUGGAUUUCUUUGUUGUUAUUCUGUCUCUCACUGUUCAAAUAAAUCGACCAUUAAAAUUAUAGACUGAUCAUUUCUUUGUCAGUGGUCAAACGUACAAAAUCAGCAGGGGAUCAAAUACUUUUUUCCCUCACUGUAACAAUGCUAGUCAACCCUGUCUGAUGCAUUGGGCCACAAGUUCUCAUCCACAUCACACCGUAUGGCCUCUCGCGCAAUACACCUGGGAAAGAAUCUCUUUGCAUGCCUGAUCCAUCCCUGGCAAUCUUCUGCAGAGAUAUCCAGGCAUCCUGCAUUCAUUGCAUCCAAGAGUGACAUUUGAUCAUGUGGAUGGUGGUCAUAAACUUUCCACCUCCAUGAGGAAAAUAAUUAUUCUAUGGGGUUGAGGAAGGGAGAGUAAGGGGGGAGGAAAAGUAACACCAUCCCGGGAUGGGCUGCAAACCACUCUGUGACUGCAUGGGAGUGGUGAAAUGCCACAUUGUCCCAUACAAUCACCCAGGUUUCCAUAGAGGUCAUCCAUGAAUGAAAUGAGGCGCUCUGUGUUGUAUGGCCCAAUUAGUGGUUUAUGUAACAGCAAUCCUUCAGAGGAUAUUGCAGCCCACAUUGUGAUGUUGGCACCCCUCUGGCCCGGGACAUUCACUGUUGCGCUUUUCCCAAUUACAUUCCUUCCACGUCGGCGUGUUUUGGCCAUGUUAAAACCAGCCUCAUCCACAAGACGAACAUGUGGGGAGUUGGUCUGGCUUCAAGCUCCAUGACACUCUAAAAUAUUGUAAAUCCACAGGGCAACAUAACAGUUAUUCUAUAACAGUAGUUUACAUUACAGUAUGCUGUAACUGAAAUCACUGCUGAGUGUGCAGUGCUCUGGAGGGUUUUGUUUACAGUAAAAACAGUACUGUAUUACAGCAUAUAGACAUCUUACCUGGACAUAUUUGUACCGGAGUUCCUUGACACGAUCUGAGUUCCUCUCAAAGGGAACAGUGUACACCUGCUUCAUGCUGAUAUGAUGCUUUGUCAAGACUCUAGCAAUGGUUGUUGUGCUUACACUUUCAACAUUUUGAAAUGUAUUAUUGUCUGCCAACACUCUCUCUUGAAUUUCUCUGAGUUUUAUGGCAUUGUUGCUAAUGACCAUGUCAACAAUUACAGCUUCCUGCUGAGCAGAGAAAAUCCUACCCCCCCCCCCCCCCCCUCCAUUUGGUAACCAUUGGGUCCUAAAACAGAAAUAAAAUUACACACAAGUGGUUCGGAGAGCUUUUGCUCAAUUUACUACUCUACAGUGAUAUUCAGUAUAGUUAGAUGCCCAUGCAGAAUGCAUAUCUUACCUGUUAGUUUGCUGGAAGGUUCUUAUAAUAGAUGACACAGUUGAGCGUUGCAAAUUUGGCUGCACUCUGAGACCAGCAUCUCUCAUUGAUAGAGCAUGAUUGACAACAUGAUCAAUGAUUGUAGCCCUAAUCUCAUCUGACACUACAACUCUGAGUCUUCCCCUCAGUCUUCUUCCACCACGGAUACGUAAUCCUCUGCCUCUCCCGGCAACUCUUCCACCUCUGUAAGCCACUACACGAUCACUGGCCGGGUCCAUGUUUAUGUAAAAUAUAUUCCAAAGAUGUCCCCUUUUGUGGAGAUGGUAAUGACAUAAAAAUGUAUGUCAUGGGUAUGUCUUCAGUUACGUAAUGUAGAAUGAAAAUCAGAUGUGAAUAAUUAAGAGUUAUUAUUAUUAUUUUAUUUUAGAAUUUCUAUUUUGCUUUUACUGUAGGAAUGUAAAAAAUUGCGGUCUAAUUCAAUUUUCAGUAGCUUUUGAACUUGAGUUUAACAGUUUUGAUAAGGGUAUCUUAACAUUUGCAAAAUGGUCUGUAGAUACGUAGAGUUUUGUUGGUAAAUGUGUUUUUGUGAGACAAGUAUUUAUGUAAUUUGAAAGAUGUUGUCAUUGAAUGCAUUUUGUGUCUAAGCAAUGACAAAUUAUCCACAGGUUGCCACAUAGAGUGUUGUUGUGAUAACUGUAUUUAGAGUUUUGCACAUGUAUCCGCAGUAUUGAACAAUGCUUGUUAGCAAUCGAAAAAAAACUGUAACAGAUUUAACAUGCUUUCAAUGCUGCCAACUAAUGCCAUUCAUAGCAGGGGUUUUGUCACAAGCAAAUUCUCAUUCAACAUCAUACAAAUUCCAUAUUAUUAAAACCUCCUACCUUCUCCACUGCUACCAUAUAACAAGAUCAUAUACCAUCUCGUUAGUCAUUACCAGCUUUAUUGGCCUCCUCAACUGAAUAGUGGCACAAUGCAUUCUACCCCUGGAGAAAAUAUGUUAAGCAAACUAUCUGUCUGUCUAAUUCUAUCAUUAUUUUUCUUUCUGUAGUUCUCUUUCUGUUCUCUCCCCUUUGUCUCUCUCUUUUCCUCUCUGUUACUUUUUAUUUUCUCUCUUAUCUCUCUCUCUUUUCUCUCUCUCAUCUCUCUACGUUACAACUGACAGCUGCCUUCACUCAUUUGACUGACUUGAUAGAAGAUGCUGUCACCUGUAUUCAUAAGAUCACUCUGAAAAGAGAAAUGCUUUCAUACAAAUGAUCAUCUUGGAAAAUAGCCAUCAUGUCCAGUCUUUACCUAUGCCAUUGGUUGUGACAGUAUCCAUCCACAAAAAGGUUGCCUAUUACAAUGAUGUAAGCAAAAGGGAGACUCCAUAGAAAAACAAUCUAAAAAAUAUAGUUUCAGUACCACCCCUGCACACACUUCCACAGACCUGAAGAGUUGAAUUGGCUCCCUGAGCCAAUGUCUAGGCUUUGGCAAAGCGAGCCAAAGCACUCUUCUGGCAUGCAGGAGACCUGGGUUCGAAACCAAUCAGUGACACAGACAGGUGGUGUAGCUGAAAAGCAGAGCUCUUCCCUCCAUCCAUACACCCACCACCACACUCUCCUGAGCCCUGACUGGUGGUACUGACCCAGGGCCCAGGGCAGCCCUGUCUCCUGGUAUUGACCCAGGGGUGGUUGUCUCCCCUCAGGUCUCCUCGGCGGGGGCUUCCCAAUCCAAAGACGGCCCGGGCAAAGUGAGUCCCUAUCAUCACACACCCCUCUUUCAUUCUCACCCGUGUGCCCAACCACUCUCUCUCCUCUGAUAUCACACUGAAGGAAAUGACAUAAGUGGAUAUUUUUGUCCACUGACUAUUUGAACCUAUCUGCACACACACAAACACAUAAAUACAGGCACGUCACUCUCUAACACACUCUCGUGCACAUCCUCACCUUUUCUUCCUCUUCAUGAUAACCUGUUGCUUUCCGGUAUAAAAUGUGGAAUGGUUGUGGACAGUGUAUGACAAGUAUCUGUCCCCCCUGAAAUGCACAGCUUAACUGACAAACAGACAGAAAAACAGACAGACAGGACCUUGCCAUCAUCCACCUGACCUCUACAACCAUGGCACUACCCAUCCCAAUUGUUUGGCACAGAAACGAAAUAACACAACACCAAAGUGACCGUUGUCCUUCGCUGGUACUCCCAUGCACCUGGUACAUUUAGAAGGGCCCUGAGCUUGAGUAUUUGAGAGGCCCUGGAUGGCUUUUGGGUUCGUAGUGUAACCAAUACCACUGCUAAUGUUUAUCUCGGUUUACUUCUACAUAAUUUAGCCUAAACCUUUUUACAGUCCUAUUAGUCUUGUAAGGAUUUGAAUCUGUGAUGUAGUGGUAAAAAAAUUGGUGGGUAAACUGAUCGCCGGUCGCUGUGAAAAAAGUUUCAAUGCAUGUAAGUAAACUGUUUAAGAUAAGCAAUACAGAAACAAGCUCCAGCACUCAUAAGCCAAGUGAUAUAGCAGAGUAGCCUCUGGUUGUUCAACAACUGUGAGUUGAGUUCAGUGAUAUAAGAACUAGAGGCAGUGUGAAAAGGCAGUGAGAACUACAGACCUUGGCUGUGGCCAUGUGUUUUAGAGGGUGACUCAGCCUGCCUGCGCUGCUACCUGCGUCACAGAGCUGCAAACUAAUCUAAACACCAGGCGUCUCCGAAUACAAAGCAAAAAAUGUAUGGAGAAAGCAGAUUAGUGCUUUUCAUUCAAGGUUUUUGAACAGCAGUUCCCUUGCUGAGUGACAAUGUUUUCAAAUCAGUAAUUGAUAUCAGGGAAGAGAUGGCUGGCUAGUAUAUCUGUUUGGGUGUGUGUGUUUGUGUGGGGCGUGUGCAUGUGUGUGUGUGUGUGUGUGUGUGUGUGUGAGAGAGAAACACUGCAAUAGUUAUCAGGCACAUCUAGAAUUGGACAAGAUUUGAACUCAUUUGCAUGUAAAUACUGAUGUCUGACCAGCCAGCAUUCUGACUGUUGUGUGACUUUACUUUACUUACAAUGAGCAAGUAAGAGUUAACAACAUACUGUAUGCUCUUCAAAUUGCUUUAUCCUGGUUGCUCCUCCACCAUCCUCCACUAAUUCUAGACUCAUCAUAGUGACCCGUUCCCCUCUGCUACUGUGCUGUUUUGUAGGUUAUGAUAGUCCACAAAAAACUGGACUUCAGCCAUAUCACCUCUCGCUGUGGCUCCAAGGAUAAUAUCAAGCAUGUCCCUGGUGGAGGGAAUGUAAGUACAACACAUGGUGCUCCAAUGUGGCUGCUGCCUCCUUCCCCAUAUCCCACUGACAUGCUCGAUUGGACAGAGUAAUGUCCUAAUGUUCUAGUCAUUCUAAUUCUAUGGUCAGCCCCAUUGGCCAGCCUAGAUACACUGAGUAUACCAAAGAUUAAGAACACCUUCAUAAUAUUGAGUUGGGCAUGGACUCUACAAGAUGUCGAAAGCGUUCCACAGAGAUGCUGGCCCAUGUUGACUCGAAUGCUUCCCACAGUUGUGUCAAGUUGGCUGGAUCUCCUUUGGGUGGUGGACCAUUCUUGAUACACAUGGGAAACUGUUGAGUGUGAAAAACCCAGCAGUGUUGCCGUUCUUGACACAAACUACCAUACCCUGUUCAAAGGCACUUCAAUCUUUUGUCUUGCCCAUUCACCCUCUGAAUGGCACACAUACACAAUCCAUGUCUCAAUUGUCUCAAGGCUUAAAAAUCCUAUUUCAACCUGUCUCCUCCCCUUCAUCUACACUGAUUGAAUUGGAUUUAACAAGUGACAUCAAUAAGGGAUCAUAGACUUCACCUGGAUUCACCUGGUCAGUCUAUGUCAUGGAAUGUUCUUAAUGUUUUUUAUACUCAGUGUAUAAUGUUAGGUCCGAAUGCUGUGCUGUUUGUGCAAACUUUCUCACCCGACUAACCAGCCUAUUAGAAACUAACUUUCUAUCUGCCGCUCACUCUCUUUUACAUAGCAACAAGCAUUUUCCUUAUUAAGUGACAAACAAUAUUUUAAAAUUGAUACUUCAAAUGCCCACUUCUCCACUUUACAGUACCUCAGCUUUUUAUCUGUCCAAAUGUCAUAAUCAGUGUUACACUGGUGGGCGAGAGUGAUUCAAGGCAUUGUGUGUGAAUUUCAGAGUGGGUGUUGUUUCAUGUUUGUCAUUCUUACUUCAACAUUUGUGUUGUUUGUUUGGGUGCAUUCAGGUCCAGAUUCAGCAUAAGAAGGUGGACUUGAGCAAAGUGACCUCCAAGUGUGGCUCUAAGGACAACAUCAAGCACAAACCAGGUAAGAAACCUAAUGAUUCAGGAAAAUAUGUCUACAUCCCAAAUGGCACCCUAUUCCCUACAUAGUGCACUACUUUUGACCAGAGCCUCAUGGGCCCUGGUCAAAAGUAGUGCACUACAUAGGGAAUAGGGUUCCAUUGGGAAGUAUCCUAUACCAAAUUAAUUCUCUUCUUACCCUACUUGUAACUAAGGUCUGUCCACUACAGGGGGUGGAGAUGUGAAGAUUGAGGCUAAGGCCAAUGGUAAUGGUAAUGGCAAGCCCAAGGUGGAGACAAUGGACAAUAUUGGCCUUGAGGCAGGGGAUGGACAAAUCAAGGUAAGGUCACCAUUCUGUUGUAGUCACAUAGUCAUUAACAUGUUUAACUAACCAGGAUUUUGUCAUCAAAGUUUUAUUUAAAUACAUUUCAGAAAGCUUGAAGUUAUAAAGCAAAUGUUUAUUGCAAAACACAAAAAGACAGCAUCUUUGUGGUUGUGGUGGUGGAAACCUUUUAUUUGAACAUGCUGGUUGCCCACAUACAGAGAGCAAUUUCAUCCUGUUAAAACAAGCCAUGUCAUCAUGCAUUAAGGUAGUUUUUGUCCACAAGAUGGCAUUAAUGAUUACCCAGCCUCCUUACUGCUUCAUAGAAACACAACAGAUAAAGAAAAUAUAAUUGAACUUAUAGAAAUGUAUAAACACGUUUUGUUAAUUAACAUCAGUGUGUGUCUAAUUCUGAUGCUCAUAUGUUUCUAGGCUGGGGGGAUGCCAGAGAAAGCUGCGGGGAAAACAUCUCCCCCUGGUGGAGCUCCAGCUACAGGUGCAGGAAGCAUGGCUAAGGAGAACGGGCAUAAGGAGGCCACGCCUCAACCUAAUCCCUUUGGGGGUGACGGGCUGCGGGACCCGAUAGGCAGGGGCAUGGACAAACACAUCCCUGAGACAAGUAAGUGCCCCUUGCUCCAACAAACACCCUGUGGCCUUUCUCAAAUCUCGCUUUCACUGUCAUGCACUCUCAGAGCUUUAACUUUGAGAUGACCUCCGUUGCCGAUUGCUCAGAUGAGAGAUAACUGAUUGUUGUGAAGUAGGCUCGUUUUUAGCUUCCUUGCUGCAAAUGACAAAUACUGUACUCCAACAAUGUGUAUGUUAUUUUAUGUCGUAAGUCUAACCAGUUUACUCUCCCCUCUUUCUCGUCUUCCUUUUCUCCUCUCGUCUUCCUUUUCUCCCCUAUCCUUCCAUCUUUCUCCAUUGUGUCUGUAUCUGCCCUUCAGAUUGAGUCUUACAAGCUGAGCUUUCGCGAGAACGCACGGGCUCGCACCACCAACGGCGCCGACCUUAUCUCCUGGCCCACCCCGAUUGGCAGCCACCCCUCACCCCCAUCGCAGCACCUCUCUCUGUGUUUCUCUGGGGUCCGCCAGCUUCCUCCUCCACACCCUCCAGCUCCGACCCAGCCCCUCGUCACCCAGCCAUUUGGCAGGAGGACAAAUACUGAAUGCUAACAGGACAAGGACUUCUUUAGCACAUUCCAACUUACUCCUUUUACCUCACUAUUCAGUAUCGUAUCACUACUCUCUAUCCUCGUGGAAGUAUUCAAGUAUAGAGACCACAGAGUUCAGACAGAUAGAGCAAGGUCUUACUGUACAGUGGGGUUUGGUCUCUUCUGUAUUGCUCUGGCUUAACUUGCUGUGAUAUAAGUGGUGUAGUAUGACCUCAGAGUGAACCUUCUAGAAUCUAGACCCUCAGUGUUCUGUUAUAGUUAUGUCAGCGCAGAGUGAAACUUAUUAUACUGCCUGCUUCUUUUGUUCCAGCCUAUAUGCACUGUUCUUAUACGUACAGUACUGUAGUGCAGUGCAACCUUGAUCAAAAUCACAAACACCUACAGUGUCGCACUGUAUAUUAGUAUGACUUUUUCGUCAUAGACUAUCACAAUGAGCCACUGCUAUCUAUGUGACAAACCUUAGAUGUAAAACCUUCCUUACCGUACCUAACUCUCUGGAUGAGCAUACCCUCCCCUGUACUGUAGGGAUCCCAGACUUCACUUGUGGCGUUAUACAGUACAUUAUGGCGAUUAGUGAAGCACCCCUUAUUGUGAGCAUGUGGGACUGUCAUGUCAUCCCAAUGAACAGCGGCUAAUAUGCCACCUCCUCAGUUAAUCAAUUCAGUAUGUCUAGAUAACCUUCUGUAAACCUGUGACCCCACCCACAACCCUCAACAAUAAGAAACAAGUAGGCUGUUACAAACAGUAGGACAUUUAACAUCUCUUUAAAAAAAACUCUGUAUUGUGUUUUCGUAAAUUAUUGUAACAAUGAGCUGAUGUGUCGUUAUGUUGUUUCAUCAUCAAUAUACCCUUUCCCUCUUACUGUUACAUCUCUCUGAAAGCAAUACAGUGAGUGGUCUCUGCUGAGGAUACAACUUCCUCUUACACACCCGUCCCCGCACAUGUAAACUUCAGUACGGUACAGUC